UUGUGGAUGCCCCAUCCCUGGAAGUGCUCAAGAACAGGUUGGAGAGGGCUUAAAGCAACCUGGAACAGUGGAAGAUGUCCCUGCCCAUGGCAGGGGGCUGGAACUGGGUGGUCUUUAAGGUCUCUUCCAACCCAAACCAUUCCAUGAUUCUAUGAAAUACAGGAGAGCAGAAGCUGCUGCCUGCAUCCGAAGGGAGGGCACCAACUCCACAGGUGUGACUCAUCCCUGUGGACUCCUGGCAGAGGUGGCAAUCUGGCCAAUUUGUGGGUGUGUUUGUAAGGUGUUUUGUCAUUUUGCAGUGCAAUACCUUCAUCUGCAGGUUCCUCAGCCUUAAUCCAGUCAAGCAAGAAAAGAAGCUGCUGCAGCUGCUGCCCAACAUAUUUCUUCAUGGGAAAACACCAAAUGAGUCGGGGCACUCAGGCAGGGCUGGGUGAGACUGACAGUGAGACUGGGGCAGGAUGGCAGCAGAGGAGUGGUUAGAGAGUCAUAUCUGAGACCCUGGGGAUCCCUGGCUGGGUUAACUUUGCUCACAGUAUUCCUCAGACUUCUGAAAACGGAGGAAAUCAAUGAGUGGUGAUGGAUGUGAGGGUGAUCUACUGCCUGCUCCUUUGGGCUGCACACUUUUUCCUGGCUGUGCCACACACCACUCCCUGGGUUCUCAGUAACGAAUCAAAGACUGGUUAUGAGCAAGAUGCCUGUAUAAAUCUCAUUCCCUGCCAAGAUAAUGGAGCAAUUUGUAUUCAGCCUUGCUCUCCCUCCUUCCAUGGGGAGACAAGCUUUGUCUGUGAGGACAGAAAGUGGCAGAUGCUGUCAGAUGCUUGUGCAAGCCUGGAUGUUCAGUCCCUUUUUCAGAGAAUAUCCCAAAGUGAACACCCAUGCUCUGGAGGACAUGGUGGUGGUGCUGGAGAACAUCUUCCUUUUGUAGGAGGAGGAAAGCUAGGGCCUGGGAAGCCUGGAGAUGGAGCAAAACAUUUUGGUGCUGGGAAUCAUAGCUGCCAAGCUGAUUUUUCAUGCAUCAUCCCAGAUAUCCUGUCUUCACCAGCCAUCCCAGGAAACAUUGCUGAUAUAGUGGAAUUGCUAAAGAAGAUUUCCCUGCUGCUAUCAGAGAAUGUCACUAGAGGAAAAAUGCAGAGCUACAGCAGGAUAGCAAACCAUAUUCUGAACAGCUCCAUCAUUUCCAACUGGGCUUUUGUAAAGGACAGAAAUGCUGGUUCAAUAUUACUGGACUCGGUGAAUUUAUUUGCUGGGAAACUUCUUCUAAGAAAUGGGUCAGAAAGUAUCCAGGAGCCCUUCAUCGCUACCAAAGGCUACAGCAUACACAGAAACACUUCAGGAAAGAGUUUUGACUUUUCCAUGGAGUUCAACAGCACAGGCAAUAUUACUGGGCACGUGGUGAUUCCAGAGGAAGAGCUGCUGAGGUUACCCAGGGCUUCCAAAGCCAUCAGCGUUGCGUUUCCAACGCUCGGAGUCAUCCUGGAGACCAACCGGCCAGACCGUGCCGUUGUGAACGGGAUGGUGCUGUCGGUGUCGCUGCCAGAGGAGCUCCAGAACAUUUUGCUCACCUUUGAGAAGCUGAACAAGCUGGAUCAGGUGGGGGCUCAGUGCGUGGGGUGGCACUCGGCCGAGCGGCGCUGGGACCCCCGGGCAUGCCAGGUGCGCGCGCACAACGUCAGCGCCGUGGUUUGCAUCUGCGCCCACCGGCGCCGCACCUACAGAGCCUUCUCCAUCCUGAUGGCCCCGGCCGUGCCCCGGAGCUCCCUGCUGGACUACAUCACACGGGUGGGCCUGGGCCUGUCCGUUCUCAGCCUGGUCCUCUGCCUCGCCGUCGAGGCCGUGGUCUGGCAGCACGUCACCAAAACUGAAAUCACCUACAUGCGCCACUUCUGCUUGGUCAACAUCGCUGCCUCGCUUCUCGUCGCUGAUGUCCUGUUCAUCCUGGCAGCCAUUGUGCACAAUGCAGCCCUAAACUACCAGCUGUGUGUGGCAGCCACUUUUUUCCUUCACUUUUUCUAUCUUGCCCUGUUUUUUUGGAUGUUUACUCUGGGCCUCUUAAUUCUCUAUGGAUUAUUAUUAAUUUUUUUUAAGAUAACAAGGUCUGUAUUCUUAGCUGCAGCAUUCUCUAUUGGAUAUGGAUGUCCCUUGGUCAUAUCUAUCCUCACUGUUGCUAUUACUGAACCAAAAAAUGGGUAUUUAAGGAGUGGAGCUUGCUGGCUCAAUUGGUAUGAGACAAAAGCCCUUUUGGCUUUUGUUGUACCUGCCCUGAGCAUCAUUGUGAUGAAUCUCAUUGUGGUGGUCGUGGUUGUGGUGAAGACUGGGAGAUCCUCCAUCGGAGAAGGCUGCAAGUCACAAGAUUUGAGCAGCAUGAUCCGAGUCAGCAAAAACGUUGCCCUUCUGACACCUCUGCUGGGCCUCACCUGGGGCUUUGGGUUAGCCACAAUCAUCGACAGCCGCUCUCUGGCCUUCCACGUUGUGUUUGCGCUGCUGAACGCCUUCCAGGGAUUCUUCAUCCUGUUGUUUGGGACACUUCUGGACAGAAAGACAAGAGAAGCCUUAAGGAUGAACUGCUUUUCAUCAAGGCGGAAGUGGGGUCUAGAAAAGUCCUAGCAGUGGGCUCUUGUCUUCGGUGGAUUUGAGCAGCGAGAAGAAAAGGAGCACUUCUUGCAGAGAGAUGCUGGUUUGAGGGGAGCUGAAGAGCCCCACCAGCUCAGAGCAUGGACAGCCCUGUCUGUCUGGGAGCACAACCACAGGAAGCAUCAUGAAAACCAGAAGAGAAAAGGCCCUGAACCUGCUGUCAGGAGCAGGAAACCAUCAGUGCUCCUGCAGCCCUUGGAGGAAACAGGCUGAAACACAAAGCUUGUUUCUCACCUUUGUGAAAACUGCUGUGAGGAGAGUUUGUCCUCGUUUGCCAUUUCAGUGCUUCAAUUCUUUCUUCUUUUCUUCUUUUCUUGGUUUUUUUUUGUUUUGUUUUGUAUUUUUUGUUUUGUUUUGGGUUUUUUUUGGUUUUUUUUUGUUUGGCAGUGCAAUAAGGAGCUGUAUAGUAUGUGGAGCUGUUCUAAAAUUAUUUAAUUUUUCAUGUGAUGUACAAAUGUUGAGCAUCAUCUAGCUGAUUUUGGUUGUCUUUUGGGCAAAGCUGAUUCUAUUUGUUGCUACUGUAUUCAUCAUUUCCAUUUAUCCUCCCAGACUGAUGGACAACUCUGUUUCUUCAUUGCAGACAUUGUUCUCUCCAUCUCAAUACUUGUACUUGUGUGUCAGAAGAAUUGUACAAAGCCCUUUUCUGAUCUGUCAGGACAGAAUUUUCAUUCUUUUUCCUAUCCUGCAGGACAAUGACAGAGAUGAACACGAAAGAGGACUCUGCAAAUAAUCAGUUUCCCCCUUUAGAGGUGGGAAAGCAAGCAGAGCUGAAUCAAAUGGAUGGAGAUCUCCUGUGCGAUGUCCUAACAAAGGAGAUUAUUUCUUCAAGUGAGAUAGGGUGUCUGGUUUAAUUAGAAAAAUCUGUCCUUGUUCAGAGAAACCCUUUCUUAUGAAGGCCUUGAUAGAAGAAUUAUUGACUCCUGUUAGAAUAAAUUGAUGGUUUCAAAUGAAAAUAAAGUUGAAAUUUUGUCAUUGUUUCUAACAA